AUGCGGUUCCUGGCGAAGGCUGCGCAAGGGUAUGCCACGGUGCUCGUUACGACGGAACCCAUGACCGGCAUCCCCAUUAGCACCGCCUUGGACUGCCGACUCCCGUUUGAUGAGUGGUAUGACGCUGUGCUCAGACGGGUCGGAUCUUCGCAGCACUUGACCGGCGGCAACCCUAUGCUGGCGCAGGAAGCGGGUGGAGUUGCAAACAACGAGCGGCUCGUCUAUGGGACCAUCAACGUGAGGGUGGUUGAUGGCAGUGUUUUUCCCUACCAGCCUAGCGCUCGCCCCAUGGGCCUUGCCUAG